AUGGCUCUACCAAACCAGCAAACCGUGGAUUAUCCUAGCUUCAAGCUCGUCAUUGUUGGUGACGGAGGCACAGGGAAAACUACUUUUGUGAAGAGACAUCUUACUGGAGAGUUUGAGAAGAAGUAUGAACCUACCAUUGGUGUGGAGGUUCAUCCUUUGGAUUUCUUCACGAACUGUGGCAAGAUCCGUUUCUACUGCUGGGAUACUGCUGGUCAAGAGAAGUUUGGUGGCCUUAGGGAUGGUUACUACAUCCAUGGCCAAUGUGCAGUUAUUAUGUUUGACGUGACAGCACGGCUCACAUACAAGAACGUUCCAACAUGGCACCGUGAUCUCUGCAGGGUCUGUGAGAACAUCCCCAUUGUUCUCUGCGGGAACAAAGUCGAUGUCAAGAACAGGCAAGUCAAGGCCAAGCAGGUAACGUUCCACAGGAAGAAGAAUCUGCAGUACUAUGAGAUAUCUGCCAAGAGUAACUACAACUUCGAGAAGCCCUUCUUGUACCUUGCUAGGAAACUUGCUGGCGACCAAAACCUUCACUUUGUCGAGUCACCAGCUCUUGCUCCACCAGAGGUUCACAUCGACGUUGCCGAGCAGCAGAAGAACGAGGCUGAUCUCAUUGCCGCCGCUGCUCAGCCUCUCCCUGAUGAUGAUGAUGACGUUUUUGAGUAA